GUCAAGCAUGUUCCUGUUUCUUUAAAAGACAAUCAGCCCGAGACUGUGACAAGUCCUUACUAUAAACUAUUGUAUAGUGGAGAAACUUUCUCAUAUGGUCUGCUUUCACUUUCUUUUUCCUUAAACGUGUGGAGUGUCUGGAGUCAGUUCGUGAGAAAAUAGUCACAUAAUGGAUGAGGAAAGUUGUCGUGCUAAGACUGGAGACUCUGAGGAAGAGGAAUGCGGUACUGCGGAUCAAACAGAUGCUAAACCUGAUCGGAAAGCAAGAUUUCUGCUCUUUGGAAGCAAGAAGAACAAGGAUGAAAAGUUUCAGAAAAAGGAAUCAUCCUCUGAACAGGAAUACAGGAUUGUUUCUCCAACAUUUCAGUAUAAUAUGGACCACCUGAAAAUAGGAAAAUGUGUCAUCAUUAACAAUAAGAACUUUCAUAGAGAGACAGGGAUGACUGUACGUAAUGGCACAGAUCGAGAUGCAGGAGAGCUGUUCAAAUGCUUUAAAAACCUGGGGUUUGAAGUUGUCGUCCACAAUGACCAAACCUGUGACAAAAUGAGGAAGAUACUGGAAAACUUGUCAAAGGAGGAUCACACUAACAACUCCUGCUUUGCCUGCAUCCUGCUAAGCCAUGGAGAGGAGGGCAUGAUAUAUGGAACAGACAUGGCCAUGCCCAUCAAAAACCUAACCUCCCUCUUCAGAGGGGACAUGUGCAAGAGCCUUGUGGGCAAACCCAAGCUCUUCUUCAUCCAGGCCUGUCGAGGUUCAGAGUUUGAUGAUGGUGUAGAGACUGACUCAGGAAGACCUGAUGACUGUCUAGAAACAGAUGCGAACCCCAGAUACAAAAUCCCAGUGGAGGCAGACUUCUUGCUCGCAUACUCCACUGUUCCAGGUUACUACUCAUGGAGGAAUCCAGGCCGGGGCUCUUGGUUUGUCCAAGCUCUUUGUAACACUCUCAGUGAAUUUGGCAAGCAACUGGAAAUCUUGCAGAUCCUUACACGUGUCAACUACAUGGUGGCAAUCAACUUUGAGUCUUGGUCUGACGACCCACGCUACAGUGAGAAGAAGCAGAUUCCCUGUGUUGUCUCUAUGCUGACCAAAGAGCUUUAUUUUAACUGAUAACUAUAUGACCUUAAAGUUUCUUUAUGGUCUCUAUUUAUUAUUUUCUUUUUUUUAAGUAUUUUAAUUAUGUUGUUGCUAGAGUGUGAUGACUUUACAGAUUGACUGGCUGAGUGACAGCAUGUGACCACACAUUUGCACAGUUAUAUCUAGUCACAGUCGAAAUUAGUGUUGUUUAUAUGGCAAAGCAAUUUAUUUUUUAUUUUAUUUUAUGAUCCUUAGUAGCCAUGCAUGUUAGUGUUUUUCCAUUUAUUAAUUCCAUGGAACAUUAAUAUGUUACAUAAACUGUUAUAGUUAUGUGAACAUACAGUAAACUGUUUAUUGUCCAUAAAUAGGAGUGAAUGUUUUAAAGAACUUUUGGAAAUUACCUGUAGGCUAUAAAAGAAUUUAACUAUUUUAGUAAUGUCAAUGUUUCUUAUAUUUUAUUUUGUCCUCUUGUAUAUAAAGCCAUUAGUUAGGUUAAACCUACCUAGGAUGGGACCUGGGAAAGCAACUAAUUUUCUUCAAAGAUAACAAAAAGGACCACUCUUAGACCAGACAUUGUACUGCACUCUGAAACAUAUACUGUAAGGUGAUUAGGUGAUUAUGCUGGCGCUUACACAGUGCUGUGGGAGCAACAGAUAGAGGCCAUAGAUUCAGAAGCAGCACAUAAAGCUUUAUGGCAUCUGUGAAUCAUGGAUCAUGUUAUGGUUAUGUCCCAAUGAUGAUUGGUUAAUACUACUAGCUUAUAACUAUUUUUUUUCUUACUCAACCAGCGGAACGGUGGUGUAGUGGUUAGCACUGAACCCUGUUUUGGAUGAAAUAUGUCAGAAAUGUUUUCAUUCAGAAUAUUGAAAAAACGCGGUCUAAAUCUAGAGCACAAGAGGCGAUAUAUUGAAUUUAAGUUUAGGUAUUUAAAUUAACAUGCAUCUGCACACACAACCACACUUUUUUUUAAAUACACAUGAAAGCUGUAUUUUUUUUUUGGUUCUAUCAGCUUAUUAUCUAAAAAGGCAGCUACUGUAUCAAUAGUUAGAGACUAUAAUAAACAGUCCACUAUAUAGAGAAAUGUCAUGUAAUUGAAUGUAUCCAUUUGUUGAAAUAAAAAGAUUUCUGAA